AUGGUCAAUACUAGUGUCCUGGUCGACACCACAGCAGCAGCAGGAGGAUACAUAAAGGAAGCAGAAGACACAGCAGCAGCAGCAGCAGGAGGAUACAUAAAGGAAGCAGAAGACACAGCAGCAGCAGCAGCAGGAGGAUACAUAAAGGAAGCAGAAGACACAGCAGCAGCAGCAGCAGGAGGAUACAUAAAGGAAGCAGAAGACACAGCAGCAGCAGCAGCAGGAGGAUACAUAAAGGAAGCAGAAGACACAGCAGCAGCAGCAGCAGGAGGAUACAUAAAGGAAGCAGAAUACACAGCAGCAGAAGCAGCAGCAGCAGCAGGAGGAUACAUAAAGGAAGCAGAAGACACAGCAGCAGCAGCAGCAGGAGGAUACAUAAAGGAAGCAGAAGACACAGCAGCAGUAGCAGCAGGAGGAUACAUAAAGGAAGCAGAAGACACAGCAGCAGUAGCAGUAGCAGCAGCAGCAGCAGCAGGAGGAUACAUAAAGGGAGCAGAAGACACAGCAGCAGCAGCAGCAGGAGGAUACAUAAAGGAAGCAGAAGACACAGCAGCAGCAGCAGCAGGAGGAUACAUAAAGGAAGCAGAAGACACAGCAGCAGCAGCAGCAGCAGCAGCAGGAGGAUACAUAAAGGAAGCAGAAGACACAGCAGCAGCAGCAGCAGGAGGAUACAUAAAGGAAGCAGAAGACACAGCAGCAGCAGCAGCAGGAGGAUACAUAAAGGAAGCAGAAGACACAGCAGCAGCAGCAGCAGGAGGAUACAUAAAGGAAGCAGAAGACACAGCAGCAGUAGCAGCAGCAGCAGCAGGAGGAUACAUAAAGGAAGCAGAAGACACAGCAGCAGCAGCAGCAGGAGGAUACAUAAAGGAAGCAGAAGACACAGCAGCAGUAGCAGCAGGAGGAUACAUAAAGGAAGCAGAAGACACAGCAGCAGUAGCAGAGGUCACAUGCAGGUUGUCGAGCGAACUCAACAUCUGGUUCCUGGACGAUGGCACCUUGGCAAGGACACAAGAGUCCCUGCUAGGAGACCUACAGCUGGUGAAAUCUAAGGAAGAGGAGUUACGCCUCACCAUAAACCCAUCAAAGUGUGAAAUCAUCUAA